AUGCUGCAUAUCCAGUGGGAUGGGGGGGUGUCCCCGCUGUACCAGCUCACCAUGCUUAUGGAGUACUACCACUGUGGUGGGGUCGGAGGGGCGGCGCGCCCGGAGCCGCAGAGCGGCCGCUGGAAAAGUGGGAGAGGGCGGCCGGGCGUGGGGCGCAGGCUCGCUCUCGAGCGCGCGCACCUGGGCCCCACGACCCGCCAGCCCUGGAGCCGAGGCAGCAGGGACCCGCUCCUUCGCAGUACGGAGCCCACAGACGCUCGGGGAACUUGGCGGCGGCGGCGGAACCAGCGCUCCCCAGCAGCGGCGGCGGGGGCGCUGUCGGGCACCCGUGCCGGUUCUCUUCUGCUUCGUGGUCUCCGCGCCGCCUCGUCCGUGCCGCAGGGUGCGGGCUACGAGCUGCUCAUCAGAAGUUCCUCAGCCUGUACGGCGACCAGCGACGUGCACCGCAAAGCCGUCGUGCAGCCCUUUGCGGAGGAGUGGGGCCAGUACGUGGACCUGCCCAAGGGCUUCGUGCUCACUACCCUGGAAAAUCUUACACCUUCAAGCACUGUGUGUUUCUGCUGUGAUAUGCAGGAAAGGUUCAGACCAACCAUCAAGUAUUUUGGGAAUAUUAUUAGUGUGGGACAAAGAUCGUUAUAAGGGGCCCGGAUUUUCGGAAUUCCAGUUUUUGUAACAGAACAGUACCCUAAAGGUCUUGGAAGCACUGUUCAAGAAAUUGAUUUAGGGCUGGCCGAGUGGCGCAUUUGGUUAAGAGCUGGCUUGGGACGCCAGAGGGCCCCGGUUUGGA